GAUAAUCAAAAAGUUCAUGUGUGACAAACUUAUCUUUGUAAUUGUUAAUAUUGUUUAUUUUAUUUAUAUUAUAAGUCAAAAUAUAUUAUGUGUGUCUGUAGAUAGAAAUUAAACAUAAAACGGAGUAGUUUAAAUACAUUAUCAAUAUAAAAAAUAACGAAAAAAAGUUUAUAAUGUCGUCAAGUGGCAGCAGUUCCUCACAAAGUCCACCAAAUAUGGCUUCAAUAAGUGAUGUUAGUGCUUUAUUCCAAACAGCUAAGAAAUAUGAAGAGCUAAAUGUUAUAGGAACAGGAGCCUAUGGUACAGUAUAUAAAGCUCGAGAUCUUCACAAUGGUGGUCAAAUAGUCGCUAUGAAAAAAGUCAAAGUUGCAUUAACAGAAGAUGGUAUACCCUUGUCAACUUUAAGAGAGAUAGCAUUGUUGAGACAGCUCGAAGCUUAUAGACAUCCCAAUAUUGUCAGACUUCUAGAUGUAUGUCACGGCGGUCAGUCAGUUGAACGGGACCAUCAGCUCGUACUGUUCCUCGUAUUUGAACAUGUUGAACAAGACCUAGACUCCUAUCUCAAAAGGGCACCUGGACCACUUUCAGAGAAUAGGAUCAGGAGCAUGUCCUACGAUAUACUGUCUGGCGUGGAUUUCCUGCACUCGCACAGAAUAGUCCACAGAGAUCUCAAACCUCACAACCUCUUGGUAACAUCGACUGGACGAGUCAAGCUGGCUGACUUCGGACUCGCUAAGACUUAUGACACGGAGAUGAAACUUACGAGUGUGGUGGUGACGCUGUGGUACCGCCCGCCCGAGGUGCUGCUGGGCGUCUCGUACAACACGGCGGUGGAUGUGUGGUCAUCGGGUUGCGUGCUGGCGCAGCUGCACUCUCGCACGCCGCUGCUGCAGGGCUCCUGCGACUCCGAACAGCUGCACUGCAUUUUCCGGUUGAUAGGACGCCCACCUCGUCACGAAUGGCCGGAGAACGUAUCGAUAGUAGCUGAUAGCUUCCCAGAAUACCCGGCUCAGGACCUCGCUGAUAUCUUGCCAAGGAUACACCCCCAUGCAUUAGAUUUAAUUAAGGGUAUGCUAGUCUUCGACCCAGCGAAACGCCUGACUGCUUUGGACUGCCUUGAACACCCUUACUUCACCGAAGAGCCGCUUACAUAACCUAACUGAACACAAAGCUCACACGAAAUCAGCAAAAAUUGAACCUCUUAUAAGAAUGAUUGCUUUACUACUGAGCAAUGGUCACUUGUUCGUGACAAAAUAAUAUUUGAAACUGGUUAUACUGUAAUGCAAUAAGAACUCGGGGCCUAGACAAAGUGCAUUCGUGAACCGUCGAAGCGAUUCCAAACUUUCGUCUAAAUUAUUAAAAUAAAUAUCAAUUGUUGAUCAUGAGAUAAAUAAAAUACAAGUCCAUUUCUGAGACAGGCAAAUGGUCCACCUGAUGGUUAUUGUACCACCGUACAUAGAGAUUGGUGCUGAAAUAAAAACUAACUUUAAAUCGUCGAUGAGCUAUCAACCUUGGGAACUAAGAUGUUAUAUCCCUUUUGCCUGUAGUUACACUGUCUCACUCAGCCUUCCAAGGGCAACAUGACAAUACUAAGUAUUGCUGUUUGGCGGUAGAAUAUGUGAGCUUGCUAAAAUCCAUUGACAGUCGCUAUGUAAUUUUGUCUAGGCUCACUGUGUCUUAAAUAUAAAAAGUAUGAGCCAGAUGAUAUUCCAAUGGGAAGACCUUCUCUCAUUUUAAGAAGAUGGAUGCAGGUUAUUCCAUCGUUCUGCUUCAAUAGGGGUUGGAUACAAAUGUGUCAGAAUUAGAUCCGACAUUCACAGUUUUCUAAACUAUCUUUUCCUUACAAUUUGGGAAGUGCUUGCUCAGCUUGUAUCAGCUUUAUGCGGCUCUGCCUGGCAGGUAUACAAAAUAUACAUACUACUUCUCUAUGUAAGUCAAUAUAACAAUUAAAUUAAUUGUAUACAACCCCAUAUUUAGUAAGUAACUAGUUAUUAAUUUAACCCACCAAUAAGCUUACUUAGUUUUUAAUACAACACUCAAGAUCAUGUUAAAUUAAGAUAAAAAUACUGUAUAAGCAUAAGCGAAUAUGUAUUUCAUAAACGCACAAUAUUUGCCUUAGCUAUAUAAACAAUAUGGCACCCACCGUCCGCUAUAUUCUACAGAACAAAAUUGAUCAAAUACAAUAUGGUGACAUUUGUAUCAUCAGACUAAUGCUAAAUUAAAAAAUAUACACAAUAUUAUGUCAAUUAUAGAUAGAAAAAUAGUCAAGAAACUCAAUAAUUCAUUUAAACUCAUAGCAGUAUUAUAUUAUGAGUAAUAAUUGACAUAUGACACGAUAUACAUACUCAAAGAUAAUGUUUCUAUGUGUAAAAAUUAUGAUGCCAACUUUUGUCACGUUAUAUAAUAUAUCGUGUUCUUUAUAUACAUAUAUAAUCAUUUGAAAUGAUUAUGAAUGAAUAUUUCUUCGAAUAUAAAUAAUAGGGCAUUUUGAUAAUAUAUUAAAAAUA